AAAACCUCAACCUCACCCCUGCCUCCGUAACUGUCGCGGGGUCACCAACCAGUCAUGCGCCAUCUGCCUGUCCGGGAGGGAUGGGCGAGAGGCUGCACAGGGCGAACCAACCCUCCUCAGACCUACACACACACACACACACACACACACGCAGGCAGGCAGGCAGGAAUCGUCACUUGUGCCACCCUGUGUGGCGUCAUCGACCUCCCUUCCCAUCUCCCUCUCCUCUCCACCUGUGGGGGUGCAGUUUUCUGCCGUACGCCCACCCAGACUGGUCGACCUCCAUUAUCUCUACCUCCUCGCCGAGGUCAACACUCAUCGCAACCGGAGAGGGCGUCACGCCCACCGCCGAGGCCGACACCGCAGCACCACGCUGAGUGACAGACACGCCGCACAGCACACAGAGAACCCUCAGAUGCACUGUGCUGUGCUGUCCUGUCCGUGCCCGGCCGGUCAUGUCGCCUCGUCCUUUCUUACCUGUGUUUGCAAGGUGACUGAGACGCAGACACGGCCGAUCGACCCGACAGAGAAGGGCGGCGACGCACGGCCCUCCCGGCCCCCCACACCACCACCACCCACAGCAGGCAACACAUACCGCUCAAACUCCCAGGGGUCGUACUCAUAGCUGACGAACGGCACCAGUCCACCUUGGCCAUCGUCGCUCCUCUCUCCAUCCUGACCACCGUCCCCCUCGCCCCUCUCUCUCUCGUGUUCUGGCGAGUGUGGUGGUGGCGUGACGCGCCAGAGUCGGCCGGAGGAUGCAUGUCGCAGCGACACACGCUGGGAGGGGGAGGGCUGCUGCGAACGGGUCGUCGGCGAUUGGGCGGAGGUGUCGAUCGACCGCAGCUCGUCCCUGUGCGCCCAUACAAUGCCGGAUGGAUGGAUGGAUAAGUUGCUGCCGGAUCUCCUCUCUCUCUCUCUCUGUGUGUGUGUGUGUGUGUGUGUGGUCUCUUACUGUCCGUGUGCGAAGUGGCAUGACUUGCGCGUGCACCGCCCAGCCAGCCAAAAGUAACAGAGCUUUCUGCACACACACACACACACACACACGUGUGUGUGUGUGUCAGAUAAGAGCGUUCCACGUCUGUCUGUCUAUCUAUCAUACGUCUUGGCGUAGUCGGGUCGGUUCCUGAUCUCAUCGGCCGAAUGUGCAUAGGUGCACUUGGAGCCGUACGAACAUGCACCACGCAGAAACAGCGGACAAAACUACACACACAACAGCCAUCCACCCACCCAUCCCAACCCAGCACAGUGAGUGCCUUUCCCUCCUCUGUGUUGUGUGUGCGCACCCGUGUUUUGUAGUAGGCCUGUUGAUGCGUCGGCCCAGUCUGCCCCCUGCCGCCCCCGUCUCUCUGUUCUCUCUGGUCCCUGCUGCCCGUCUUGGCAUCCAGCCCUGGUAUGUGUCGGCCGAUCUCGGGGUACCGCCCCGCCAGAUCCAGCAGAGUCGUCACCGGCAAUGUCACCUCCUUCGGCAGACCAAGCUGACAUCCAUCAAUCCAUCCAUCAGCACAAUAUCCAUCCACAUUAAAAUCCAUUCAUUCCCCUGUUACAUGCAGUGCAUCCAAUCAAUCAAUCCACCGCAUGCUCACGUUGGUCGCGGCCACUUCAGAGGCUGUGACUGCCGCAGGGACGGUCUCUGGCGGGUCCAGCAAAGGGUGCGGCGGGUCCGACGAAUGCGGCGGCAGCGUCGCGCUCCGCGUGUGCGGCAGACGUCGGGGCGGGGGUGGCGGGGGCGGUGGGGGGACGGGCAUACCACUGUGCGCCUCCUGCGUGUGUGGCGGUAGAAUGAAGGGGUCGUCGGCGCUCGAGGAAGAGAGCGGCAUCUGAGGCAUGCGUGUGGUGGGGGAGGGAGUCAACACGCCUUGGGGGCCCGGCCGCUGCUGAGCCGACUCAUAUCGGGGCGGCGGGGGCAUGGUGGCCUUCCCACCUGGCUCAGUGUAGGAUGACUGCUGGUGCUGCUGCUGCUGGUACUGCUGGUACUGCUGAUGAUGGGGCACUAAUGGCGUCGACUGAGGCGGCCGCGUGUAACUCUGCUGCUGCUGAUGUUGUUGAUGCUGAUACUGUUGUUGCUGUUGAUAGUGCUGAGAGUGCGGUCGUUGAGCCAACAGGUAAGAAGCAGAGGAAGGGCUGCCAGUGGGCGGUGGCAGUGGCAGCGGCUCAUCGCCUGCCGCUGCUGUCAAAACUGAAUGUCGAGCAGGCAGUGCAGUGUGCUGUCCUUGAUCCACAUGUUGAUGAUACUGUCUGUUGUCGCUGCCGUAUAUGAAUUGGUCGUCGAGCAGCUGGCGGGCGGUGGGGACGCGGCCUUGCAUCCUCAUUCAUUGGGGCCACGUGCGAUGCGAUAUGUAGCAAUGCGAAAGGAUUGAAGCGUCAGGAAAAAAG